AUGAAGUCUCUUACGGUCAUGGGUCUCGCGGCAUCCCUCACUGGGAUGGCACAGGCUCACACCCUCUUCACUACCUUAUACAUCAACGACGCGAAGCAAGGUGACGGCACCUGCGUGCGCCAGAGCACUGACAUCGACCACGCCAAUUCCCCUGUGGUCGACCUAGGCAGCGACAACAUGGCCUGCAACGUCGGCGGUAACACGCCCGUCAACUUCACGUGUCCGGCGCCCGCCGGUGCGAAGCUCACCUUCGAGUACCGCCAAUACCCGGACAAGGCCCAGCCCGGCUUCAUCGACCCGAGCCACAAGGGUCCCGUGGCCGUGUACGCCAAGAAGCUCGCGAGCCUGGACGACACGGCCUCCGGGCCCGGCUGGUUCAAGCUCUGGGGCGAGGGCUACGACGCCGCCGCGGACCUGUGGGCCACCGAGAAGAUGAUCGCCAACGACGGCCUCCUCUCCAUCGACAUCCCCACGGGCCUGCCGGCGGGCAACUACCUAUUCCGCCCCGAGGUCGUCGCCAUGCACAACACCACGCCCGCCGUGCAGCCGCAGUUCUACGUCGGGUGCGCCCAGGUCUUCAUCGAGAGCUCCGUCACGGCCGACGACCUCGCCGCCGCCGUCCCCGCCAACCAGAGCGUCAGCAUCCCGGACUACCUGCAGGCGGACGACGCGUCCGUGACGUACAACAUCUACGACGACGAGGAGUACGCCGACCCCAAGAUCCCGUUCCCCAUGAUGGGGCCCGUGCCCUGGACCCCGGCCCCCGCGUCCGGGGCCCCGUCGGGUAACGUAGUCAAGCAGUCCGAGGCCGAGGGCGCGAUCCCGGACUCCUGCCUCAUCGUCAACGCCAACUGGUGCGGCGUCGAGGUCCCCGCGUACGCGGACCAGACCGGCUGCUGGGCCGCCGUCGACCAGUGCUGGGCCCAGAACGACGCCUGCUGGGCGCAGGCGCCCGCGUCGGGCGGGCUGAACUGCAAGAUUUGGGCCACCAAGUGCGACGACCUGGAUGCGCACUGCACGGCUAGGGACUGGGAGGGCCCGCCGGCGUUUGGGCUGGUGAGCGGGGAGGUGGCUGCUGCGGCGGAUAUCCCGGCGGCUGUGAAUGCGGGGGAUGAGGAUGGGUCGGGAGCGGGAGGGUUUGCUACUUCGGCUUCUGCCACCGCCAGUGCGACGACGGCGACGGCGUCGGAGACUGCUGCUGGCACCGCUACUGCUACUGUUACGGGCGAGGCAUACCCGAUUGCAGAGACGACUGCAGAGACCGCAGCGGCGUCCUCUUCCACCUCGGCUUCCGCGGACGCUGACUCAACGAGCGUGGUCGCCACGGUGUCGGACGCCGGGAGCUCCUCGACCGGUGCGUUCGGCGCCAGCAGCACGGCUGCUGCCUCGGACACCAGCGCCGCGGCCAAUCCUACUCAUUACUGUGCUGGGCACAAGAAGCGCAGACAUGCUCGUCAACUUGGGCAGUAG